AUGUUCUCGUCUUCUUCGGCACUACUUCAAUCAGCAAUAUUUCUAUUUCUACAAUUUUCUACGACUUAUUCGCAACCGGUUUCGACUAUCAAGGAUUUACAUGCGCGUUACGACGAGGCAUCCGGGUCAAUUUUUAUUGAAUGGCAGUAUCCGAAUCCUAUGGAAGGAGUACAUUUCACUGUUCGUUAUCGAGUAAGAGAAGAUCCAACAUGGAAAUAUGCACGAACAUCACAACCACAAAUUCGACUCAAUCUACCCGAAUACAAGAAUGGAAACGAAUUAUUCGUCCAGGUGCAAGCCGAGAGAGGAGGACAAGUGAUUGAAGACUGGGGACAAGAACUGAUUGUCACUAUCAGCAAAAAGGUCUCUAUUGGGGGUGUGGUAAUCGACGACGACGAGCUGGUGCCACCUCUGGAUUUCACCGCCUACGUUCUGAGCCCAUCCAGUGUGAAGCUUGAAUGGCGACCAUAUGUGGGAGGGUCCCCAGAUCUUUUUUACAUCGUCAACGUCAAACAGCUAACAUCCGACUCAGGCACAGCACUUCAUCAACAACAAAUCAAAACCUCGGCAAAUAGUUUUACUUUGGGAAAACUGAUUGCUGGAGAAAAAUACGAGAUGACAAUCCGAAGCGCAUUGAGCCCGACACAGGUUUCGUCCACUGCAGCGAUAGUGGAGAUACAUAUGCCAAAAGAGUCGGAAUAUUUCGAUAUUGGCAACCUCAUCAUUAGCAGCCACUUUCAGUCGAAUGGACGUGGUAUUGUGAAUUUGACCUGGGAGGUUCCAUCAAAUAUGGAACAACAAGUAGUUUCCUACGAUGUACAGUAUGUUGAAGUCGGCACUGGAAAUUGGCAGCAAGUCGUGUUUCACGGAACAAAGCCGACAGCUGUGCUUCACAAUUUGAAGAGCGAUACAGAGUACAUUCUACGAAUCAAAACAACGCUGAACAACAAUAUUCAAACCGAAAGCGGAGAGUUCAGAUUUCGAACACCCAAAGUCGAGGCAAAUCUGAUUAAAAAGGUGGACGUUAUCUAUUCACAUGAAGUCAAUUCUGUUCGAAUACAGUGGAUGCUGGAACCACAUGUUCGGACGGAUCUAAUCGGCGGAUAUGAUGUCUACAUAAGCGACGAUAAGGAUCGGCCAGAAUCGCAGUGGAGGCUGGUGCGUCUAAGUAAUCGUGAAGCAGCACUAUCGUUGGAUAAUCUACGAAGUUCUACCGAAUACUUUGUGAGAGUCAACAUUCGCAACACGGAUGGUUCUGUGAUAAGAGCUCCAUCAAUCUAUCGAUUCAAAACAAUUGAAUGGCCAAAUACGUCGGAAAAUAAUCAUGUGAACCCGUUUGAAUGACUAACAGCUUAUUUCUCACAGAUAAAUGUAUUCAUGUCAAAUGGAAAGCUAGCAGAUAGAGAGAAAAUCUCAUAAACACGACGAAAAGUCGAAGCUUGUAUUUAUGGCUGGUGUUGUAACGCUAUGAUAGAUUAAAUAAGGGGUGUAGUUCUCAACGUAUUUGAUUCUGUUAGCAAUAUACGUACUUUGAUGUUCGUGACUUAAGAUGCAGAUAUAUACUUUUUGAGCUUAUUGCCACGAG